UACUUCAGCGGGUUCCUGUUACCAAACUUUUCCUCCACGAGCUGGACUGAGAAGAACAAACUUCUCUUCGCACAGUGAAACGCUUUCAUUCUCCAGACUUCAUUAUGACGUUCAGAGGUGGCUGUCUUCUGCUCGGAGUCCUGCUCCUCCUCAUCCACACCUCACUCUCGCAGAACACUCCCAAAAAGAAACCCACUGCUAAAAAAGACUCUUUAGAUGGCCGGACCAGCGCUGCUUUGGAGGAACUACAACAGCAGAUCAAUGACAUUGUGGAGGAACUAAAUCUUCUAAAGGAACAGCAAGCCCUGCAGACAGUUUGUCUAAAGGGCAUCAAGAGCCACGGCAAGUGUUUUCUGGUGGACACAUUGAAGAAGCGCUACCACAAAGCCAAUGAAGACUGCAUCGCCAAAGGAGGCAUCCUUAGUACUCCACUUUCAGUGGACGAAAACACCCAACUCUACGAUUACAUACGGCGGAGCAUUGGACCGGAUGCUGAAAUCUGGCUGGGCAUAAACGACAUGCAGACGGAGGGCGUGUGGAUGGACCAGACCGGCUCAAACAUUCGCUACAAGAAUUGGAAAGCCCCGCAGCCUGAUGGCAAAAGUUCUGAAAACUGUGCCAUUCUCUCUGCUGCUUCCAGUGGAAAGUGGCUGGACGAGAACUGCCGUGAUGAGAGAGCAUCCGUCUGCGAGUUCAACAUCGUUUGAGUCAGUUUACUGCGGUUUGCUUGACCUUAGCUGUCCUUUCUACAGUCUAUUGGUAGCUUGCCUGCAUUGUUUUUGUCCUGUAAUUGUAUAUUUUUCUUUUGUAAAGGUUUUAAGGAGAACAAAGAUUGUAGUUUUUCUUUCCUUUUUGGGAAUCACACACUCCAUAAAAACAUAGAGGUCUAUAGAUCUAUAAUUUGAUAAGAAUGAACACACCGUAAAAAAAAACAAAAACA